AUGACACACACAGAGGCCAAGAAGGGCGCGGCACACGACCCUUGCCCUCUCCUGGGUCAGUUGACAGGGGACCUCACAGCCGGGGCCUUCUCCGCAAUAUUGAUCUCCCCGGCCGUCACGAUACUAGAUCGGGCGGUGGUGGAGAGAACCUCGACCGGACGGCCCCUCAUCCGAGGUCUCCGCUCGCAGCUAUCGUCCGCCCUCCGCCACCCACGGGCCUUCUUCCUGGGCAAGCCGCUGGGCAUAGUCUGGACCCUGUACGCAGCGACGUACGUCACAGCGAACGCCGCGACGACGCUGGCGGAGAGGUACGACGGAGCCGCAGCCGUGAGCACGGCGACCUUCGCGUCCACGUUCCUCGUCAACGUACCCCUCGGCGUGUGGAAGGACCUCCGCUUCGCUGAGAUCUUUGGGUCCGCCGCUGCUUCCGGGGCGACGGCUGUGUCGACGACGCCGCGAGUUCUCCCGAGGGCCGCGACGGCGACGUUCUUGGUGAGAGAUGCCGUGACGAUCUUUGGGUCGUUUACGCUCCCGACGUGGGUAUCGGCUGGUAUCCCGGACAGCGUGACGGCUUCUCCACAUGCCAAGGCGACUAUCACGCAGCUGACCGUGCCGGUGAUGUCUCAGCUGGUGGCGUCUCCAAUACACUUGAUCGCGUUGGACUACUACGAGAGGCAGGGGAAGAUGCCAUUCUCCAACCGGGUUGCGAAAACGAAGGAGCAUGUGCCAUCGACGAUAGUCAUGCGGUGCAUCAGGAUUAUUCCUGCAUUCAGUAUUGGCUGCGUGGCCAACUUAGAGUUUAGGUCCUUUUUCCAUAAUUGGAUAGGUUCAAUGGUAGAAUAG